GGGGCGGGCUGAACACUUUUUUAAACGAGGAAAUAGAUCCAACUGCAGACACAGCCGCUUAUUGUCAUUGUUGUGCGGAAAGUGUCGAGUUUAAAAGUAAAAAUGUACAGAGCCGCCUUUCUCCUCGCGCUCAUUGCUUUAAUCAGUCCUGCUGCUGACGCGUUGGACAAUGGUCUGGCGCUGAAACCCACAAUGGGCUGGUUGCACUGGGAGAGAUUCAUGUGUAAUAUCGACUGUGAGAAGGACCCCGAUAACUGCAUCAGUGAGCGUCUGUACAUGCAGAUGGCAGAUGUGAUGGUGAAGGAGGGCUGGAAAGAGGCUGGUUACGAGUAUGUCUGCAUCGAUGAUUGCUGGCCCUCCCACCAGCGCGAUGCCCAGGGCCGCCUGCAGGCAGACCCCAAAAGAUUCCCGGGGGGCAUCAAGAAACUGGCCGACUAUAUCCAUUCUAAGGGACUGAAGCUGGGUAUCUAUGCAGAUGUGGGGAAAAAUACUUGUGCUGGAUACCCUGGCAGUCUGGGGUACUAUGAGACAGAUGCUCAGACUUUUGCUGAUUGGGAUGUGGAUUUACUCAAAUUUGAUGGCUGCUUUAUGGACUGGACCUUGCUGGGAGAAGGCUACAUGAACAUGUCGAAAGCACUGAACAAAACCGGCAGAAGUAUCCUGUACUCCUGUGAGUGGCCUUUAUAUGAGUGGCCUUUCCGACAGCCCAACUACACAGCCAUUCGUGAGACGUGUAACCACUGGCGCAACUUCGCUGACGUGUACGACUCAUGGAGCUCUGUCAAGUCCAUCUUUGACUGGACUGCUUCUCAUCAAGACAUCAUUGUCCCCUCAGCUGGACCUGGGGGCUGGAACGACCCUGAUAUGCUCGUGAUUGGGAACUUUGGCCUGAGUCAUGACCAGCAGGAGUCUCAGAUGGCAUUAUGGGCUAUCAUGGCAGCCCCUCUGCUCAUGUCUAAUGAUCUGAGGGACAUUUGUCCUCGCUCCAAGGAGCUGCUGCAGAACGGACACAUCGUAGCCAUCAGCCAGGACCCACUGGGCAAGCAAGGAUACCGCACUGCCAAGUUUGACAGUUUUGAAGUGUGGGAGAGGCCUCUGUCAAAGAACCGACUGGCUAUCGCCGUGCUGAACCUACAGGAGAUCGGUGGCCCCCGAGGGUUUGUCAUCAGAGCAGUUCCUGGCUGGAACAUCUGUGACCCCCAGUGUAACGUCACGCAGAUCCUGCCUCAGUACAAAGAAAUGGGUGUUCAGACUCCACAAAGCAAAAUGGUUCUGUCUGUCAACCCUUCAGGCACCGCUCUACUGACUGUCACUCCCGUUAGCAGCGACUUUAAUAGGAUUCACAAGCUGCACUGGCAGGACACGUCAGCCAAACGUGAGCACACCACCAUUUUGUAGGGUUCGGGUUGUUAUGCACUUUCACUGUCUACACUAUUCCGAUUAAGUGGGAAAUUGUUGAUUUUAAAAUUUGAACAGGUGUUGCUUGGUAAGACACCAAAGUGUCUAAAUUUAAAGAGAGGAAAAUGAUUUGGUCCAUAAAAUUUGCUUUAAUACUGUGAUUAUGGGGCACUACAGAGGGACGGAUGAUUCCGAAGCUUGUUUCACUCCGGUGAAGCACGGUUUCAAAUGAAUGAAUAUCACACUCCAGUCACAUCACAUUGUGACUAUGAAAUAUCACAGAAAUAUUAACUAUUAAGUUAUCUAAACCACAUAUUGCACAUCUAUAUUUAAUGCUGCAAUUCUGAACAAAAGUAUAGAGAUUUAAUAACAUGCAGGCUUCAUGGACUUUUAUUGCACACAAGAGAGUUAAUAUCAGUGUGGUGGUGCUUCGACCCAUUUUGAAGGGCUGCUAUAAGUUUUAUAAGCCACCAGAUAUUACUGUUUGCUGAGUUUGAAGCCUCAAAUCUUUUUCAGCACGAUUUAAAAGAAACCCCCAAAGCUUCACCCGCUCAUCACUAUAGUACACCUACUUUUUAUCAUGUUGAAUAAAUCACUGGAAAACAUUUUUUGCACACUUGCUGUGAAUUGUCCAGACUAGUCUAAUAGUUUAAAAUUAUCUUGAGACAAAGCUUGAAUUUUGCACAUCUGACAAGUAUAGUGAAACAGAGGUGAAGAAAGGGCCAAACUCCAAAGUAUGUUUUAAUACAUUUAUUGAAAAUAGUGACAACUUCCUCCAGAAGACUGAGCCACAGUUUAGAACUGGAUGACCUGGCCC